UCCAACAUGGCGUUGAAUGAAGAUGAUGUCCCUCCAUUGGAGGACAUGUCUGAGCUGAUCCAGCAGGUGGAUGCUCUCAGGGAACUACGACAAACACAGCAGGGACGUAAACAGUCCAAGACACAGCCAAAUGGCCAUGCACAUGUACCUGUACCGGCAAAUACCACACAGACAAAGUCGGCUAAGGAAAAAACCCAUGCAACAUUAGCAACAUCAAAGACAGUGCAAGAAAAGACAGAAAGCAGCAGUGAAAGAAAUUCUGUGACUCAAUCAAGUGUUCAAAACCCCUCAUCAACAUCAUCCAAACCAUCAUCAAGCUUUGGAGGCAUGAAAAAAGGAUUCUUGUUUGGUGCACCAUCAAAAUCAAAGUCAGACACUCAGAAAUGUGAUAGCAGUAAAAAGCAAGACCAAAGUGCCACCAAAUCAGUGACAAGCAAAGGCAAGACUCUGGAAGAGAUACCUUUUGUGAAGAAAAAUGAUGAAGCACAAGAGUCUAACUUCAGGUUUUCAGAAGUUCAAGAGGCCAUGUCAAAAACUACAGAGAAACUUUUGCAAAACAAAGAAUGGGUGACUGAUGACUUGCUGAAAAAACUUGAAAAGAAUGAGAAACUGUCAAAAAGACUCCAGGAUCGUAAGUUUGUGCAGGCUAUAGGGGAGUUUCAACGGGAUCCUAAGACAGCAAUGACCAAGUACGGCAACAAUCCAGAGGUGCAGGAAUUUUUCCAGGAUUUCUGUGGCCUCAUGGGUGACCAUUUUAACAAACUCGGAGACAAAGUUCCAGGAGGGGGUACCUCUGGAUCCAGUAUCCCCCAGAAGACCUCUGCUCCUGGCCCUGUCCAGACCCGAACCCAGAGGGGUGGGGCUGACCUUGCCGUCCACAGCAGCACCGACCCACACCAGCCCACCGCCCAGGAUGAGGCUAAGAUGCAGGACAUACUGGCAGACCCUGAAAUCAGGGACAUCUUAGUUGAUACGAAGAUACAACAACUGUUUGAGACUUUGAGGAAUAAUCCUGGAAGUGCACAAAGAAUACUACAGACUGCUGACUCUGACUUAAGAGGAAAAAUUCAAAAGCUUGUACAGGCUGGCCUGCUUCAGUUUCAAACCUGACCUCAGAACCAAAUGGUCAUCAUUCCUCUCAACGUGUGAUGGAGAACUGGAGGAAGGAUAUUUAUCUUGGAAACUGUCAUUCAUUGCUUCCAUCCAGUUUUUGUGACUCAGAAAAUCUUGUACUGAUCCUUCUGAAAACAUUUAAGGGGAAAUUGUCUAAAAUGAACGAUUUUAAAAAUGAUACACUUUGAUGACAUUUUAUUGAUCAAGUUUCUAAGACUCUUAUUAGCUCAUUGUCUACAAUCGAGUUGGGCAUGGGUGGAUGUACAUUUUGGACCCAGGUACCUUAUCUGCAGUUACCCGUGGGUACCCAUGUAUACAAUUCACAUUGCAGAAUAAACAAGACUUUUAAAAGUAACAAAAACAAGAAUUUUUUUGAAGUUGUUUUUUUAUCAUUUAUCAUAUGAAAAGACGAAAUGUCGUCGCCAUUCACAGUGACAUUGAAUUUUGAAAUAAAAUGUUGUUAUUGAUGAAGAAUGUCUUUUUAAAAUGUUAAAUGUUAAAAUGCAAUUUUAUUACUUCCCUACAGUUGGGAAUCAAUUAUUAAUUUGCAAUUAAAUAUGAACGAUUUCUCACACAUUUCUUGUAUGUGGAUUAUGCUUUCACGACUUUUAAAUUUCUUAAAGAGCCAAGGAUAUCUGUUUGUUAUGCAUCCAAUGGUAUAGUUUUCAAACCUCCUGUCCGUCUGUCUGUCCAGGCCAACCCAAGGAUUGUUUGGGGGCUGGGUCCGUUAGUGUAAGGAGUUUAUUUGGUUAUGUGUAUUAUUGAACACAAACACAAAAAUAAACUUUUAUGGUGUUUUUUUUAAAAGACGGAAAAAAACCACAUUAACAAGAAAUGUUGGUCCAUUUGAAUCCGUCAAUCCGUCUGUUCCCACGGUUUCCGAUCAAUAUCUUGCGCACACUUAGGCCAAGGGACCUUAAGCUUGUUAAGUAAGAUGGGUUAAAACAGCAGGUGAACCCUCUUGAUGUUUAGGUCAACAAGGUCUGAAAAUAUGUUUUCACUUUUAUUGAAUAACGCUUGGGCCUUUUGACAUCAAACUUGUUUGGCAGAUUGUCCAUUACUAUAAGAUGAAUGCUAUCUAUUUGGAGUCAGUGAAACCAAGGUCUAGGUCAAAGUGACCUUAAGCUAAAAUCCGUUUCUGAUCAAUAUAUAUAGAACGUGGUUGCACGGCGACCUCAAUAUUAGUACACAAGUUAGUGAUGACCAAUUGAUGAUUUUGUGGACAGUGGAACAAAGCUGUGGUGACCUUGAACUGAACAUAUAAUUCCGACAUACACUUGAAGAACGCUUGGGCCCAGAGCCCUCAAACUUUUUAUGUGGCAGGCCAUAAACAGCAGAUGAUCCCAUUUAACUUUUGGGUCAAAGGUCAAGGUCGUAGUGACCUUGAGCAGAAAAUAUGUUUCAAAUUAAUAUCUGAAGAACGUAAGAGCCCAACCAAUGCAAUCAAGGUUCACCGGUUGGUUUUGACCAGUAGAUACCCCUAUUUAU